GGCCCGCUUCCGCCUCCCUUCCCCGCUCCCUUCCGGAUGCAGAUAGCACCGCCGGACGACCCGGCGAGGAACCCCAAGAGGCAACCUUGGCCGAGAUUUGACUCGAAAGCCCCUGCAAUCCCCCCUCCUUGUCCGAAGUGUAAGAAGCACUCCCAACUUGGCGCGAAGGCAAGCCAAAGCCCACUCGAGCAAUCAGGUGCCCAGGCAGCGAGUAUGGCGGACGAUCGACUGCACCUGAACGGGAUGCCCACGGGCGUGCUGCACAAGAUUUUCCACCUGCUCGGCCCGCGCGAUCUCAGCAGGGCGGGGUCGGUCUGCCGCCUGUGGCGAGCGCUGAAUCGCGAUGAUGCGGCCGACUGUCGGUGGCGGGCGCUGUACGCCCAGCGGUGGCCAUUGGCGGGCGAAGGAGAUCCGAUCUGCCGCUGGCAGGCGGCCUACGGCGCGAAGGUGCUGAGGACGCGCGUGUGGCGGGGAAAGUGCGAGACGGACAGCCUGUUCGGUCACAAGGCGGGAGUGCGGUGCGCGAGGCUGCUGCCGGAGCGCGGCCUGGCGGCCACAGGUGCGGGUUUGGAGCACCCCCUCCUGCGGGUUAGGGAGUGUUCUGGGAGUGCGAGGUCCCGAAGAGAAGACUGCUCGUUUGGUGGAUGGGGAAGUGUGUGGUUAAUUGGGGCCUUCCUGCCUUGCCCCUUGCAGCGCCUUGUCGCUUUGUUGCUGAGGGUGAUGUGCGAUUGUGUGGAAGUGUGUGGAUUCUUUUGGUGGAUUCUCCUGCCAUCGGACACUGUGCAUCAUCUUACCGUAGAUCACAGAGGAUAG